UUCGGGGAUUUUUGUAAUACGUAUGAAAACAUUUUAAACGAAAUCAAUAAAUUUAUUUAUGCAAUUGUGUAGUAGAUUUGAUAAUUGUUUUUUAAUCAUUAUCAAAUCAAAUUUUUCAAUAAAGAUUUAAAUAGUAUAAAAUAAUUGUUCACAAUAAUGUUAGUACUGUGUGCCAUUUGCAAUGAAUUACUUGAAAGUUCAGUGGAAAUAUUUAUUACUAGUUGCGGACAUGUAUUUCAUUACAAGUGUCUUUCCCAGUGGCUUCCGAGAUCUUCAACUUGUCCUGAGUGCCGUUGUAGAACUACACCAUCUACCAUACAGAAAAUUUACUUUAACAUUUGUGCAAACAGAUCUCUUCUCGAAGACCCUGCUGUGUUACAAGAACAACUAUCAGAUGCAAAAUUAAGGAUCACUGAUCUUCAAAAAUCUCUUGAAUAUUCCAAUGAUACAUUGAAAUCAUCUGAAAAAAAAGUUUUGAAACUCGAAAAAAAACUGACUAAAACAAGUGCAGCUUUUGAUACAAUGAAAUAUCAAUACAAUUACUUUAAAGAUCAAAUGAAGGAACUGUCGGAGCUAAGAGAACAGAUACAAAAAAUGCAAGAAAAAGUGCAGUCCAUUAAAAAAGUUGACCUACUAUUAAAAUCAACUUGCAAAGAAGUGGAUGCAAUGCUUUCUAAUAAUACGAGUGUUGCAGAUUUGGCUAGUUUUGUAUCCUCACUCAAGAGCAAACUCACUUUAACUGAAGAAAAGCAAAACAACUUAAAACUUGGGUAUCAAAAAUUGCAACUAGAAGUUAUUAAAUAUAAAACCCAGUGUAUUCGAUUCAAAGAGAAACUUGAAAUGCAUAGCAACGAUCAAGAAAAAUUCAUUGAUUUACACAGGGAAAAGUCAAAUCUGUUGAAACGUAUUGCAGAAUUAGAAUCCAUAGUUGAACUUAACAAAAGUACACCACCCAAAACUAAGGCACUAAGCAACUCAAAUAAAAGUCCAGAUUCUCCAUAUUUACAAGUUGAAUCUAGCAGUUUUGGAAUGAUGCCGCUAAGAACAUUAUCAAAUAACAUCCCCUUAGUAGCAAAGAGGAAACUUGCAACAGAUAAUAAUCAAUAUUCCAUAUUCAAGAAAUCUCGUCUAAAUAAAUGUCAAACUAUGGCAUCUCUUUAUUCCCAAAAUUUAAACAAAAAGUGGAAGGAGUUUUAGUGAUGAUUGUCACAAUGCUAAUUUCUGGUAUUCUUUUGAAGAUCAUGA